GACUCCCAAGACUGGCGGCUCUCUCACAUGCUGUUUUUAGGCAGUCCGUCCCAACUCCGUCCCACUCCACAUCAUGAUGGCCUGCGGUUCGCGAAAUUCUCCCGCACAAGCAAAUCGACAAAUCAAAAUGUUUCUCAAACCCCUCUGUCGAGCCACUCGGAACCGCCGACCUCACCAAUUGCCCAAGUUUCCGGAUCGGUAAACCAGUAAGCGCGAGCUGUAACUGUUUCUUGCGUGGUUGCAUGUCAAUUGGAUGCUGGACUGACGGACCCGAACAUCAUACUUGCAACGAUCUGCGGCAUGCUGGACGCCUGGCUUACAUGGCCGGUUUAAGGCUGGAAACUUUCCUUUCGCUUUCGCAAUCACACAUCAAAGCUUGCAAUGCCAAAGCAGUAUACAACCCCCAAUUAUUUCCGAUCGUGUAAAAACUUCCAUGGCCGCACAACUCCCGAAUAUCAAUGUGAUUCAAGACACGCCGACGUCACCUAACCAUGCACCUGCCCCCAUUUACACAGCUCCGGCGACUACUUCGCGAAGUCCGCCGCUAGAGAAUUCAGCGCCCGAGGUGCAUCUCGCGAAUCGCGAGGUAGAGGGCUUGCAGGUGGACCCCAAUGGACCGUAUCCCCAACCGACGACUUCAGAGAGUAGACCAGCAGCGUAUGGAUUUCCUUAUUUUGUCGUAGGAAAGCAGGCAAUACCAGGUGACGAGAGCGGACUGAUACCUGUACCUCUGGAGAAACAUUCAGGAGUGGGGAAGAGAACGUGUGGGAUGAAGCGAAGGACAUUUAUAAUAGUCCUUGUCGUGGUGGUAAUAGUCAUAAUAUGCGGUGCGGUCGGCGGUGGAGUAGGAGGUUACUACGCGAAACAAAACUCGAACCCAGAACCCCCAUACGUGACUUCCGGCACAUCAGGCAUGGCCAAACUACCCUGCUCGCCUGCCUCCGCCACUGCCCCCGGCGCACCUGCCGCAACGCCGCGCGAGCUUAAACAACCCUACCUUGCUCGAGGCGCUACUUUCAACAUUACAUGUCGACGCGGCGAACCAGCUGGCACCAAAAAUAACGGUAGACCGGUCGUCAACCUCGGCAUCUUCACCGAAUACACAUUUAAAUCAUGCAUGGACCGAUGUGCGAACCUGACUGAGUGUGGAGGCGUAGCAUACGGCGCGAACCUGACCGACAUGGUGCAAGACGGAGACCCAGGAGGGAACUGUUUGCUGAAAAAUGGGACGUGGGAUGCAAGUGCGAAUAGGGAUACGUGGUUUGCUAGUGGUGUGAAACAGAACUUCAAGCAGAGUUAAACUUUGUGGCAUUUAAAGGCGAAAUUCCAUGGCUGUUUACUUCAUUAUACCUAAUGGAAAGGGCGUCUUUAUUCCAGAAUACAAGUCGAAUAUAUCACUUCAAUUC